GUCAGUUAGUGCCGUGGCGCCGUGACGGUAUGGUGACCUUUUGCGUGUUGUUCUUUGCAAUCUUUCUUCUUCCAUCGCGUUGAUCAUCGAUCUCGUGCCGUCGCGCCGAAAAAAUUUUCGAAAAAAAAAAUCGGUGGAAGGGGAAACGGACAGCUGCUCGGAGAAAAAAAAGAUAAAAAAAAGAAAACAAACAAAUAACAAGCAAGAUUAUCGUACUGUGAUUUAUUUUUCUAUCAAUUUUUGCACCUACUUAUGGAGAACAAGCUAGUACUGUGCAGUUAUCUUUUUUGGAAAAACUUUAACCAGUGUAUAAUAAAAAAUAAUUGUGAUUAGCGUAAGUGUUUUAUUCUACUUGCAGAAAGUGAAUUUUUUUUACAUUACAUCGAACAAAAGAGAGAAAGUAAAAAAAAAAGAAACAAAUAAAAAGAAAACGCUCGUGUGUUCCGAUGAUCUACGAGUUCGUGUCCGAUCGUGUGUGUUACGGGUGCUUUUGCUGACGGCUCAUGUGGAUAACAGUUAACAAGGCGUCUCUUUCUACGGAACGAGAGGCGAGUGUCGGCGAUGUUAGAAGGACCAUUAUUCCCAUCUGUCGGUAUAACGAGGCGUAAUUGAAAUCUCUCGCAUGGACACGAAGGCGCGAGCGGGCCCCGUUUCUCACGUUGGGGCCACAAUUGGCCUUAAUGUUGCCUCUGUCCGAACAUGGACGUGCUUAAAGUGCGACAACUUACACUUCGGUCCACGCAGCAUCUUGAUCCCGUGCCAGAACAGAUUGACGAAGGAAGAACAUAACCGCGGGAGUAGCGGUUAUGAAGGUUCGAUGACUACGAGUUUUAGUGACAUCAAUAUGGACUCGCGUUACCUGAGAACCUGGCUCCUACAGAUUUUACUUCUUAUUUUAUCCUGUUCGCCUGGACGAUCUAUAGACAUAUCACAAUGCAUCGCACCCUUAGGAAUGGAGUCCAGGGCGAUCCCAGAUGCCGACAUUACAGCCAGCUCGAGUUUUGAUAGCGGAAACGUUGGACCCCAUCAUGGUCGGCUACGUCAAGAAAGUCACGGUGGUGCUUGGUGCCCGAAGCAACAGAUCACAACUGAACCACGCGAAUGGCUAGAAAUCGAUUUACACACAGUCCAUAUGAUCACGGGUACUGGUACUCAAGGUCGAUUUGGAAAUGGACAAGGCGUGGAAUAUUCGGAAGCCUAUCUUCUGGAAUAUUGGAGGCCUAAACUUGGCAAAUGGGUCCGCUAUAGGGAUGUUCGUGGCGAGGAAGUGAUAAAAGGUAACACGAAUACCUACCUGGAGUCGAAGCACGAGCUAGACCCACCGAUGUGGGCGAGUAAAGUGCGAUUCCUACCGUAUAGUUAUCAUCGUCGUACAGUUUGCAUGAGAGUCGAGUUAUAUGGUUGUCCUUGGAACGACGGUAUCGUUUCAUACUCGAUGCCUCAAGGAGACAAGCGAAGUAACUGGGAGUUCUUUGAUGCUACUUACGAUGGUUACUGGGACGGUCAGCUUCUACGAGGAUUAGGUCAACUAACCGACGGCAAGAUCGGCCCGGAUAAUUUCAAGAUGAGCUACUACGAUUACGAUCGUGGUCAAGGUUGGGUCGGCUGGAGGAAUGAUACUCGUUCGGGUCAUCCGCUCGAAAUCAAAUUCGAAUUCGACCACGUCAGAGAGUUUUCAGCCGUUCACAUUUAUUGCAAUAAUCAGUUCACCAAGGAAGUACAGGUGUUCUCCGAAGUGAGCAUCAUGUUCAGCGUGGGUGGCAAGUAUUACACUGGCGAUCCAAUCGUCUAUUCGUAUAUGGAAGAUAAAAUCUUUGAACAAUCGAGAAACAUCACGAUCAAACUUCAUCAUCGAAUUGGAAAAUUCGUCAAGUUGAGGUUUAGCUUCGCUGCUAAGUGGAUAAUGAUCAGUGAAAUCACUUUUGAUUCCGAUAUUGCACAUGGUAAUUUUACUCCAGAAGUUCCACCUACAACCGAAGCUCCACGAAGUCGUGAUCGAAAUUCUGCUCGAGACAAUCCCUUGCAAGCCGAAGUUCCCGUCGCUAAACAAGACGAUCCUACAUACAUGGCUGUAAUCAUAGGAGUUUUAGCAGCAGUUAUUUUGCUUUUAGCAGUUGCUAUUUUCCUCAUAGUGUCGCGCCAUCGACAGAGAAAAAACUUUGCCAGUCCCUUGGGUGCCAAAAGUGCAAUUCCUUCGAGUAACCAUCAACAUUUAUCACCUGAAUCAGCGUAUGGAACAACGGAGAAGGAUCCUUCUUUGAUGACGUAUAGAGUAGAGGAACUAGACGAUCGGUACGCUGGAACGAAAUUAACGACCCUACCACGUGAUCUCAAUGAUCGGUUAUUGGGGGAUGUUAGGUUGGACGAGUAUCAGGAACCCUUUCACGAGAACAAAUAUCGAGAGCCUCCUCAUGCUGCUUAUUACGGAUACAGCACCGUCGUUAUAGACAACAAGGAUCUUCACGACAGCGUUGAACAAUCUGAUGCCACCUACGAUUACGCGGUACCAAUGCCUGUGCCUAGCGUGAGCAGCGAUCAAGAUAGCGUAUUUUCCAAGUCGUCAUCCAGAGGCAGUGCGAAGGCGUGUUUACAGAGCUUUUUUCCACCCCCCCCACCACCGAUGAGUGCUCCACCACCUCGCGGCUCGAACAAUCUGACAUACUCCAAUCCGCCGAGUCCAGAGCCAGUGUGCGAACGUGAACGCAGAGGAAGCAAACGCAGAGAACACUCUCUUCAUAGAUAUGCGUAAAAUCGCAUAACACACGUUCAUCCACACACACAUACAUAUACAUAAAAACAUGAAGCACACGCGCGCGCAUUCUUCAGGGACAUACGCAAAACGUGUCGAAGGUUACAGAGGUACGUUAAUUGCUAUACUUGAUUUAUUACACUACUCUUUCGUCUUCUAUCUAUUUCAACUUAUUAAAGUUAUUUCUUUUUUAACUUUCAAGUAAUGGUUCAAGUAAUCUCUAAUAAGGAAAAAACAAACAUGUGUAUAUACUAUUCUACAUCAGUGACCCGUUGAUCUUUUACUUACUGUUAUAGUUUCUAAUCGUUCUAAUUAUAAGUUAAUUAAUACUGCGUAGUUAUUAUUGAAAUAUAAAUUCUGAUACGAAAACAAUUGGGAUGGAGCAAAUAUAACAUAUAAUAACACGACGAAAGCAAUGAAGGUCAAGCAAUACGUUUUACUUUCUCAAAUGCGUCUUCGCAGGAAGAGUCCAUGGGAAACACAUGAAAUCGUGUGUUCGCAUGAAAGAUUUAACAAAUUUCUGAUUUAUUUCGUUUUCCUUCGACGUGCACUGCCAUUGACGCACUAUAAACAAUGUAAUCGUAGUUAAGAGUUAAUAUUCGAGAAUAUAGUAUGUAUGUAAAUAUAUAUAUAUAUAUGUAUGUGUAUAUAUAUAUAUGUGUAUACAUACUAUACAUGUAGUUAGAUAAAACGGGCGUAAUUCUCACGGUUGUAUUACACGAAAUUAGCAUAUCAGAUUUUAAUAACGAUAAUCGCGAUAAUUACCGAUUUUGACUCUUCUGGAAAUUCAACGUCGCGACAGGUUUCCUUUGUAAAUGGAUUUUGGGAGAAAAUCUAAUCAUUUGUGUAAGAAAAAGAAAGAAAAAGAAAAAGAGAAAGAGAAUAAGAUAAUGAUAGAUAUGCUCGUAGUAUCGACGGAUCGAACAAAGAACAGCCAAUCGAGAUCGAACGUAAAUCGUUACUCGAAUCGUUACUCGAGUUAUUCGAAUACUUAAAACAUAUCUUUUGUAGAAUGAAAAUACAUACUCGUAUUGUAAUAUCGGACUGCUUCGAUUUUUUAUAAGGUUACGUCGUUUCUCGUUACUCAUGAAGAUCUCUCUCUCUCUCUCUCUCUCUCUUUCUCUGUCUCUGUCUCUCUCUAUCUCUAUCUCUCGUUCACUGCCAUUGUAUUCCGAAUAUCACAGGAUCAGUUUUAUUAUCAUAAAAUCCUUACUUUUGUUCCUAAUCCUCUUUCUCCUUUAUCUUAAUAUCAAGAUGAUCGGAAUACGCUUGAUCUUUCGCUUUAAACGCUAUAAGCGCGUUGAUUAGAGAUGCGAGGAAGGACGUAGGCCAUUUGUAUAUAUUUUACGUAUCUACUUUAUAAGAAAGAAAAUAAUAAUAGAAAGAAAACAAAGGAGAAAGAACCUUUACGCGUAAUAAUAAAACUAAGCGAAAUAACUGACGGAUUUCCAGAACGAGUAAAGCUAAUGAUUCGCUCUGUUCGGCACGCAUGUGCAACAAGAUCGAGCUCACUAUCGAUUCGAGUCCGACUGAAGGAUAUACACACGCUUAUAUAUAUAUAUAUAUAUAUAUAUAUAUAUAUAUAUAUAUCAUAUUCAUAUAUAUUCAUAUAUGUAUAAUACGUGUAUAUAUGUGUCUACAAUUACACAGAGAAGAGAAAGAAAGAGAGUAAAAAAAGUAAUGUCGAGCUUGAUUAAUCGAAUAUUUAUUCGAAAGAACGUCGGCACGAGCGAAGGAUAAUUAAUCGCUCGGUUUAGAGCGCUUUUACGAGCGUUGUGGACCAGUUCGAUCCAUCGAAAAAGCGUCGGCACGAUAUAGCGAGCUUUGAUCUGGAAUCUUAGCUAAGACUGACGUUGGGAUAAAAUAAUGAAUAUGUAUAUUAUAUUAAAAUAAUGAACUUUAUCCGAUCCUCUUCCCGACACAACGGGCUGAGACGCUUGCGCGCGCGCUUCCUUUAUCGUGUUAUAUACAGGAUGUCCUAUAUAAAACGGAACAUUUAAACAUUUGCAUAGACAAAUAUUACAGGAGAAAGUUGUACUGGUUGAAAUAUAAUAAUGUGGACAUUUUUGCGCGACACCCUGUGUGUGAGUGUGUAUGUGUGUAUAUAUAUAUAUAUAUAUAUAUAUAUAUAUAUAUUAUACACAUACAUAUUAUAGAUAUUACGCUGUAUAUUCUUUUGCAAAAUCCUUUAAAUGUACGUAGCAAUAUUUCCCCCAAUUUCAAGUCCCUAAAAGACCCUCUUUAUUUAUAUACAUAUGUAUGCUCACGAGAAAUGAAACUAUGAAUAUGUGUAUGCAUAUAUAUAUAUAUAUAUAUAUAUAUAUAUACAUAUAUAUAAAGAUUAAAUAAAUGAUUGCAUAUUAUCCAAAACGGACUCUAACGUACAUAGUACAUAUAUAUAUACAUAUAUACAUAUAUAUAAACCCAAGAUUAUUUCUCUAUCUGUACCAAAACGCCUUUAAGCAACGAGAUUAAACAAAAUAAAAUAUACUGACGUAAGGAAUAGACAAUACAGGAUGAGACAACAAUAAUAAUUGCGUGUGUAUUAAGUAACUAACAAAGAAGAUAAGAAAGAAGUAGAAAAGUGAAAAGAACAGGAAAAGAGGACUCGAGUACAGGAAAAAGAGAACGUUAACGCGACUUUAUUGUGAUAUAGAAAAAAAAGAAAAAAAAAAGAAAGAGCUUGCGGCUCUCGCGCAUAGCACUCUCCCUCUCUCUUUCUAACACUCUUUUCCUCUAUCUCUAUUUCUUCGUUUAGCGCGCGCGCGUGUAUGUGCUUUAACACGUCUCGUCGGAGAGAAGUUUCCUUUUUUUAUUUCUCGAUUUUUUGUGGUCCAAAGGUGUAGAGGGAAGGAAGAAAAAAAAAUAGAAGAAAGAAAGAAACAAAAGAGAACACGAAAGGAUUUUAGCGAUGUGUAAUUAAAUUGUUUUUGUUACUACGUAGCCAGGAUUCUUCUAAUGAAUUUGAAACCAUCGUGAGAACCAUGCUCGCGAAGUAAUACAAUUUUUAUAGAUCAAGAAAAAACUCUAUGUUCCUUGGACGCUUAUGUCCAUUAUAUUUUAUUUUUUGUUUUGUUUUCUUUUUCUUUUACCUCUUUUCUUUAUUUUUAAUUUUACAUUUUUUAAUUUUUUUUUGUUUCGGAGGGGAAGGCACAGAGACGCGUAUAUAUAUAGGGUAUACAUAUAUAUAUAUAUAGUGUUUUACAACGAUCAAAAUCUUAGCAAUGUAUAUCUUUAGUGUGUAAUAAUCGUUGACAUCGUCGCCUCAUAGGAUAUAUCGGAUAAAGGAAAAGUUAUUAGGAAAAGAAAAGAAAUGGUAAAUAAUGAUAAGAGUGCUUCAAAGUGCUUCGACGGAAUGUAAAUAUUAAUUGUUAGGGAAACGCGUAAAUGUAAUACAUAGAUAUAUACAUACAUAUAUAUUACGCAUACAUACAAACAUACGGACAGACAAACAGACAAACAAAAAACAUAUACAGAUCUUCUCAAGCGCCUUAAGUUCAUAGGAGGCACGAGCAAAUAAAUAAUUUCAAUCGCAAUAACAGCGUGUGUCUUUGUUACGAAACGAAGAACAUCAUUUCUCAUGAUUCGAUACGGCGAGGAAUCGAAAGGAUCAAUUUCACCAGGACUAUUCGUUCCAGGACUAUUCUCCUGCACUUCCAAUAAACCUGUCGAUUCCUCUCUGACGACAAUCAUCGAUUUAUAUUUAAGAACGAGCUAUAAGAUUUUGCGAAGAUGUUACAUAAGACUUUCUCGUUAUUGUUCUAUCUUUUCUUUUUUUCCAAAAUUUUUCCAUGUAUUAUAUCUCUAACACUGAAAUUAGUUGUAUCUUUAUUAAAAAAAGAAAAAAAUAAAAUAAAAAAUAAAAAAUAAAAAAGACAACUAAUUUCUUUCAGACAAAUUUGUCGCAUCAAUUGUUUAUACGAUAUAUCGGGAAAAAAUGUUAAAGGUCCAACGAUGAUAAAGUGUUAUUGAAUGUUAAUGUGAGAGAAAAAAUGAGAGCGGGAACAGGAUAGAAAACAAUGAAAGACAGAGGGAGAAAGAAACAACGAAAAAUAUAGCUUGUAAUUGUACGUCGAGAACUUGUGAUCUAAGCUCUCGAAAUAAAGAAAGGCACUUUGCUCGAGUUUUGCCAUAUCUGUUCGCGAGUAUGCACUUCGUGCAUGCUACCCUUAAAAUGGAACG